AUGCACUCCACACCCCUGGUUUCGGGAGGGCAACCCAACUACGGAUUCACAUCGAAGUACCCCCUCUCUGCCCAUGAUUUGGGGAGGCUGGGGGGUCAGGGGGGAGGGGUGCUGGUGGAGCUGCACCAGGCAUUGGGAGGGGUGCGUUUCGUGACCCGAGGGGGGGCGCAGGUGCCACUGGUUGGAGCGGUAGAGAGGAGAGGGGAGCGGGUGAGCGGACGAGUCAACAUCGCAGGCUCUGAGGGAGAUGUCAUAGGGAUCCUGGACUUCUGGAUGCGUCUCUUCCCUCCUGCGGAGCCCAUGGACACAAUGACAGAGAGAGGAACGGACAGAAUGACAGAGAGAGGAGCAGACAGACGGAUAGAGAGAGGAGCAGACAGACGGAUAGAGAGAGGAGCAGACAGAAUGACAGACAGACUGAUGGACAGAAGGACCAUCAGUCCACAGAGACAGUGGAGCCCCAUCUGGGCCCAGAGAGGUCUAGGCUUGGAGGACAGUGUGUGUGAGCAGGAACCAUUUGACUAUGGCGGAGGUAUACCCAACGAGCUGGAGGUGGGGCUAGAGCAUUGCGUGGGUCUAAGCGCCCGCUGGCCGGGACUACUUCCGGACUCCUACCUCGUGUACCGUCUCUACGACCUGCCGCCUCACUCUUCCACCACAAUACCGUGCAGCGCCGACCCACUGUUCAACGACACGGUCAGCUACCCUCUGGCCGUGACCACUGACGUUCUGGAGUACCUAAGAGGGGGCAGUCUCUGGGUCUAUGUGUUCGAUGACAAUGAUGAUCAGACUCCACCUGCUUACCUGGCCAAGACACCCAUACCACUCCGCCCGCUGGCAGCAGGACGACCUAUCAGAGGUGACUAUGUUCUGAGGGACACGGGUGGCGGUCCGCGGGGGAUGGUCCGCGUGUUCAUACGAUGGAUUUACCCCUUCCAACCACCAGAGGGCAGCACCCAAAGACACAAGGAGAUGGACAGGAUGGAGAGAGCAAUGGAGAGGAGGAGCGAGAGAGCAGAGGAACUGCCGAGGCCUAUUGCCAAGCCUAGGGUGAAGUCAAAGGCUGUUGAGCCUAGAGUGGACAGACCUGCUGCACAAAAAGAGACCAGCAUUCAGCCCAAGCCCCGUCCUCCACCAAUCAAGCUGCGAUUACCCCAACCCGACGCCCAAUCAGAGCGAGCCACACCUGUGACAUCCCCAGAACCCAGUGUCGCCACACCCCUCCAGUCUCCAGCGAGAAAACGGGCCACGCCUCUUAGAUCACCUGCCACACUCCUUCUGACACCUGGGACGAGUCAAGCCACGCCCUCCCAGUCGCCCACCAGGAAGCAGGCGACCCCUCUGAGGCUACCUGAGGUCAGAGGUCAGAGUUCACCUGUGUCAGAGUUGACCCCAUCUCGACCUGACUCAGCUCGUUCCACCAGGAGUUCCGCCAGCGAUGAUAAGAGUUAUUUUAAGGACAUCCCCUCACUGGAACAGGUGUCUAUGGAAGAGGAGGAGGAGGAGCAGGAGGAGAAAAGUGACAAAGCCCAAGUGGAUAGUGAGGUCAUGGAAUCCAGAGAAUCAAGGACCUCCAACCGUAGUGACGUCAUCAUUAUUCCUCCAUCUUCAAGGAGAAUCAGAAAGGGAGACAAGUUGAGAGUGGAGAUUCUCUCUCUCUCUUUUGAGCCCACCUCCCGAGUGGCUCUCGAUGAGUCAGUGCAGCGCGUCUAUGUGGAGUACCGCCUCCUGGGAGUUCCCAUGGAAACCACAGAGACACCCAUGUCCCUCCGUAAACCAUCGGACGGGGAGGAGAUCCAUUACAACUUCACACGAGUCAUCUAUGUGGACAGCUCUGAGGCAGCCCCACUAAGACAGUACCUGUACACCAUGCUGGAGGGAACUGACCCAAACCAGGGCAGGUUGAAGUUCACUGUGGUCAACGAGCCAAUGGAUGAUGAUGAUGACGAGGAGUGUACCGACGUUGGCCACGCUUUCCUGGACUUACAGGAACUGCUGCUGACAGGAAAUGACAUCACUGAGCGGCAGAUCGACAUUGUCAGUGUGGAUGUAGAGAAAGAGGUGAUGGGAAAACUCAAAGUCUCUCUGGAAGCAGCAAAGACUUUGACUGGGAUAUACUGGGACUAUCGCCAGAAGAGAGAUCAAGAGACCAAGAGUGAUGAAGAGAAUGACGAGAAGGAGGAAGAUAAGGAGCAAGAGGAGGAAGAGAAGGAAACAUUGAAGAAAGAAGAUGAAAUACAAGUGAUAGAUUAUGACAUUGAUGAUGAUGACAGUGACUUUUACUAAAAGUGGAAAUAUGAAAAGGAUAUCAUGAAACAGAUAGGAAUUGUGGUCCCCGUGAAUAGAUUGUGUGACUGACAAACUGACCACUCUUAAAUAAAGAAUAUUGAAUAACA